AUGUAUCGGUCUUCUACAGGAAACCUUGCCCAAUUCGAGGAUCCGCCAGUGCGCGGCGAACGAUGGGAUCGCGAAAAAUUCGAGCGCAUGAGCCGUCACGGUGGUGGACGUGAUGAGCAUGACCACUUCCGCUUUGAGGAGCACGAUCGCUUGCCCAAGGGCGGUAGUCGCGAUAUCGAACUUGAUGAGCGAUUUGACCGCCGCGGGGCUCGAGUUGUCGAACGCGAACGUUUUCAUGAGGACGAACGCUUCCCCCAACCUCGCCGUCAUCGAGCUGACUUCCUCGACGAACCGACCGCAUCCGAGCUCGCAAGUCGUGCUCUCGCCCCUUACCGGCGGAAGUCUAUCAUAGAAAGAGACGUCGGCAUUGCAGUUAGGCGCCCAGCUCGACCUCAAUUCCUUCGACGCCAAUCUUCUCUCGACACUUUCGAUCGCCGACCACUGCCAAAGUACAGCGAUCUGGAGAGGGAGGAAUGGCGACCCCCUGCUAACGUCCCCAUCCCCCUUCCUAUCCGUGAACGCCGCCGGUCUCCUUCUCGCCGUGGCUUCCGCGAGGGUGAUUAUGAAGAAGUCAGGUUCCGAGACAUCGAUCGCGAGCCACGAGGAGAAGAGUAUCGAGAGGUGGAAGUACGACGUGAGAAGAGCAGGCGGAGACGAAGCCGAAGCAGAGCCGCAAGAAGCAUCGCUCAAUCAUCAGUCCGAAGUUCUUCGUCUUCUAGCUUUGAAGAAGUCUCCCCAGUUCGAUCGACUGUCGGCCGAAAGGGUAAGACCCGAAUGCCCAAGCGAUUAGUGCGAAAGCAGGCUGUUAUCGAGCUUGGCUACCCAUUCGAAGAAGAGGAUGAUUUUAUCAUCGUUCGACGAGCUCUUGAGAAAGAACAGAUUGACGAGAUUAUCAAAAUCAGCGAGAAUUACAAAGAUGAGAAAACCACAUACGUGUAUGAAGAGCGAAGGGAGGUAGAGCAUGCUCCGCCACCUCUUCCACCACCAGAAGUUCUUGCUCCACUACCACCGCCGCCGCCUCCGCCUUCAGUUCACCACCACCACCCAGCUCCAAGUGUGCAUUAUUCUCAGUCUGUCCGCGGCGUGUCGCCUUCCCGCCACGGUCAUGAAGUAUUCGAGGAGCGAAUUGAGGAAUCUAAUCAUAUCUGCGGACCUUUGACAGUUCUUGUCCCUGAGGAACGGCGGAUUGUCCGCAGCGAGCGCGAUAUCAAGGAUGAAAUUCGACUUCUCGAGGCAGAACGUCGGAUGCUUAAAUACGAGCGAGAAGGCGACUUCGAAAUCAUUGAACGACGAGAGCCUCGUAGGGAGGUCGUCCGCGUCGAAAAGGACCGAAAGGGUAGGUUGGCCCUUGUCCGCUCAGCACAUUAA